ACGAAUUCCACUCGUCUCGCGUUCCUAAUUUGGAGAAGUGUAUGCAGUGAGGGGUACUCGCGCCUUUCCAGUUGGAAUUCCGCGAGGAGCUGGGACUAACUGGCUCGAGUGGUGAACUCGAUUCAGGACAGGUGAAAUCCCCUGCGGGCAGUGCGAGAGUAGUGAAGGUUAUGGGAUCUUUUCAUUCUCUAAGCGCAUGAAGGAAUGCCAGUCUUGGCAGUUCACACGAUGGACCCUGAGAAUUAAUGGCGAGUGCGUUCAAGAAAUUCUCAUCUGUCAAGAGAAGAACAGGGGAUAUCAAAUUAUCCAUUCCGCGGUUGAUUUGGUGAAGGAAUUCGGGAAGAGUCUGAAGUGCAUUGGAUUCUGUUUGUUACUGAGAAGUGUCUCAUUCAUUUUAUAUGACUGUGUCCACAGCGUGCUCGAAGGCUGUUUUAGUUGAAAAAUAAAAGCCGAAACCAUGACAAACAGACGAAAUGGAAAUCAUUCGGUAACUGGGGUUUGAUGGACCGACGUAGGAGUAAAGGAAUGAUAGCCUAACAUUUAAUAAAAGGAGGGAGAGAGAGAAGAGAGAAAAAUGAAGGAGAAAUCAAAAACUGCCGCAAGGACUAGACGUGAAAAGGAGAACAGCGAAUUCUAUGAACUGGCAAAAAUGUUGCCUUUACCUUCCGCUAUCACGUCGCAGCUGGACAAGGCGUCUAUAAUACGACUCACGACGAGUUAUCUAAAGAUGAGAAUUUUCUUCCCUCAGGGUUUGGGUGAGGCUUGGGGUCACACGAGUCGAACGAGAUCUUUGGACAAUGUAGGACGUGAACUCGGGUCCCACCUUCUCCAGGUGGGAUCCCACAUACUCCAGACGUUAGACGGCUUCAUAUUUGUUGUGGCCCCGGAUGGAAAGAUCAUGUACAUCUCCGAGACAGCAUCAGUCCAUUUGGGACUCUCUCAGGUAGAGCUGACCGGAAACAGUAUUUAUGAAUAUGUCCACCCCGCCGACCACGACGAAAUGACAGCAGUCCUGACUCCACACCAAUCGUACCACUCGCAUUUCGUCCAAGAAUACGAGAUGGAGCGCUCUUUCUUCUUGAGGAUGAAAUGCGUGUUGGCGAAGAGAAACGCCGGUCUUACUAGUGGUGGAUACAAGGUGAUCCACUGCAGUGGUUACCUCAAGAUCCGUCAAUACAGCCUCGACAUGUCGCCUUUCGACGGCUGCUACCAGAACGUGGGCCUGGUGGCGGUGGGACACUCUCUGCCCCCCAGCGCAGUGACGGAAAUCAAGUUGCACAGCAACAUGUUUAUGUUCAGAGCCAGCCUCGACAUGAAACUCAUCUUCCUUGACUCAAGGGUGGCAGAGCUGACAGGCUAUGAACCCCAGGACCUCAUUGAGAAGACCCUGUACCACCACGUCCACAGCUGUGACACCUUCCAUCUGCGAUGUGCCCACCAUCUGUUGCUGGUCAAGGGUCAGGUCACCACUAAGUACUACCGUUUUCUGGCCAAACCGGGGGGCUGGGUGUGGGUGCAAAGCUACGCCACCAUCGUCCACAACAGCCGCUCCUCCCGACCCCACUGUAUUGUCAGCGUCAACUACGUCCUAACAGAUACUGAGUACAAGGGAAUGCAGAUGUCCUUAGACCAAAUGACUCCUAGCAAGCCAGCGUUCUCUUACACCAGCACUCCGAGCAGCACAGAGGACAGGAAGGGGCCCAAGUCCCGUAUAACUCACUCCAAGGCCAAAGUCAGAGUGUCCCCUUACCCACAGCAGUUUUCAGCAUUUCACCCUGAGCGCUCUGAGUCCGACCAGGACAGCCAAUGGGGAGGCAGCCCUCUAACGGACUCCACCUCCCCUCAGCUGCUAGACCAAGGAGACGGAGCAGAAGGAGGGGCCUACAGACUCUACCCGGAUGCUGGCUCACUGUGCUACGGCCUGGCCCUCACCGAGGAUGACCUCGCCCUCGCCCACGGCCACGCCCACCCCCCACCACCCGCCUGUGACCGAGGGGCCCGCUGCCAAGCAGGCCGCUACUUCCUGGGCGCCGCGCCACAGUCCGGGCGGGAAGCAUGGUGGGACGCCACGCGCUCCGUCCUCUCUCUGCCCAAGUCCUCUCUGGAGAGCCACGAGGGCUACGACCUCACUUCCUAUCACAGCGCGGCCCUAGGACGGGGCCACUGGGACGAGGAGAGUGUGGUCAGCUCGCCGGAAGGGGGCGGCGGCUCCACCAGUGACUCGGGCGACCGUUACCGCGGCGGCACUGGCGACCCGUUCAGGUCAAGCCCCCAGGAGCCCAGCAAGAUGGAGACGCUGAUUCGCGCCACGCAGCAAAUGAUUAAGGAGGAAGAGAGCCGCCUGCAGCUGCACAAAGGGCCCCUGGACUCCCUGGGCCCUGUGGGUGGCCUCUCCAACAAAAGCCACAGCCCCUGCUCCUUCCCCCCCUCCUCACUGCCCCCGCCCCAGACCGCCAUGCCCGGGGUGGUGUGCCGCGGCCCGGGGGCCGUCGGCGGCGUCGACCUCACCCUCGGCCCCGGGCACCUCCGCCACCGCAGCGACGGCGGCACGGUUUUAGGUCCCCGCGACAACGACGACAACACCACGGCCAGCCCGGCCUCCAUGACGCGCCUCAGCAGCCCCGGUUCUGACGGGGUCGCCAGGGCGGGGCUGCCCGCCUCCAAAGACUAUCUGCAGGGUCAGACGGGCGUGUCGCCCCCCCACCACCACCACCCGCAGCAGGGGAGUCCCCUGCUCUACCCCGCCCAGGAGGGGCAGCCCCUGGACAGGCACGCGGCCUACGCCCUGACCGGCUACUCCCUGGAGCAGCUAUACGACGGGGAGACCCUGCGGGGCUACUCUGGGCUCGGCUGCGGCGGGGCCCAGUACGACAUGGCGCCGCACAUAAGGAUGCAGGCCGAACAGAUGCAAGGACACAAGGGCACGUCGGUUAUCAUCACCAACGGGAGCUGACCGUACAUGAAUGACUUGAAAAACGACCAAUCCUGAGCGAGGGAGGACGUGUGCGUACAAUGGGGG